GUCUUUGGCGGAAGUUUCAUGACCCUCCUCUUAUUCACAUUCCGCUUGCUUACCUUGAGUAAGGUAAAAGUUAAAUGUUACAAGACAUGACAACAAACCACUUUAUUAAUAUAUUUUCUUAUCAAAAAUGAGUGUUAAAAGUGUUUAAUAAUUUUCAAAUAUCCUAACUCACGAAAAUGAUGAAGAAAACACUGUUAUUUGUUGCGGCUUUGAAUGUAGUAAAAUGCGAAUAUAUUCCUCCGGGACCCCUCUACAGGUGCCCUAAAGAAAUUCUGCUUUUGCACCCUUGCACCUGUGAUAAGGAAAGUGAUCAAGGAAUUUUUAUAAGUUGUAGCAACACAAAUUUGGCUAGUAUGAGUGUAGCUUUAAAUAAUUUAGCUACAUUUAAACUACCUAUUGAGAAACUUACAAUAAACAAGUGUCAUAUAGCACGAUUUUAUGGAAGUCUUUUAUACAAAUUAAAAUUGCGAACGUUGGUGGUUGAAGACACUCCAAUUGAGACAAUUGAAGAGCACACUUUUUUGGGUGUAAAUGAAACUUUGAACGAGUUACAUUUGAUUAACAGCAGCCUAAAACAAUUUCCAACUUUGGCUUUCAAGAUAUUGGGUAAUUUAACCGAGCUAAAAAUAGACGGACAUAACAUGACGGAUUUGCCAAAAGACGCCUUUGUUGGAAGCGACGUAAGCGGAAGACUUUUAAAGCUAUUCUUAUCUAAUGGAUAUUUAACAACUCCGCCUAUUGAAAGUUUACAACCGUUGAGGAAGCUGAAAAUGUUGGAUUUGCACGGGAAUCGGAUCACCGAUCUGAAAAGGAACCAGUUCAAGGGGUUGAGAGAUGUGGAAAUCUUAGAUUUGAGCCAUAAUGGUAUCCGAAAAGUGGAUGCAAGCCAUCUCUCCGAUUUGACAAAACUGACGUUCUUCAACGUGUCACAUAAUAAUAUUACAGAGCUGACGAGAGGCGCAUUUGCCAGAAACACUAUUCUGCGAGUCCUCAACAUGUCUUUUAAUAAGAUCAAGCGACUCGACUCGAACACCUUCCGAGGAAUGCGUUUCUUGCGUCGUCUCUACCUCUCCAGCAAUUUAAUCACGGACGUCGACAGAGGCACUUUUGGAUCUCUAGCCCAAGUUGGAACCAUUGAUUUAUCCCGGAAUUUCCUCAAGAAAAUUGAUUACCAAAUGUUCUUCGAAUUAAAAUUCAUUGACACAAUAGACGUCAGCGAGAAUAACGUGACCGAAAUUCAAAAAAUGGCAUUCAAGGACAUUUAUUUGACUAGUAUUAAUUUAUCUAAAAAUAACAUUAGUAAAAUCGAGGGUGGAGCCUUCCAGAAUUGCGCCAACAUCACAAAGUUGGAUCUAUCACACAAUCGACUGGAAAUAAUCCCGAAGAAAGCUUUUGAUGAAACGACUUAUGCACUUGAAUUGCAACUAUCGUAUAACUUUUUGACUGUUUUAAAUCAAAUUCCUUUGCAUAACAUGACCGGCUUGAAGAUCCUCAAUGUCUCGCAUAAUGUAAUUACAAAGAUUCCUAAAGGAACUUUUCCUAAGUUGUACGAGUUGCACACGAUCGACUUGUCCUAUAAUAAUCUGACAGACAUUUUCAAUUCAGUUUUUCAAACUUUAUUUUCUUUGAGAACGCUGGAUUUGAGCCACAAUAGCCUCGAGACAAUUAAACCGAGCACUUUUGGGGCCCUUCCGACUCUCUUAGAGUUAAACAUGAGUUACAAUUUUUUAAAAGAUAUAGCAAGGAGUGCUUUAACUCGUCUUGCUAGUACUCGAAAAUUGGAUCUCAGUCACAACAAACUCAAAAAACUUUUCCUCCUACCCAUUUCAGUGUCUCACCUUGACUUAUCUUUCAACGAAUUUGAAGAACUUCCACCUAAACUUUGGCCCAGUAUGAAUUCUCUUUUAAGUCUUGACAUGAGUCACAACAAUCUUGGGAAUGAUUUAGUCGAGGGAAGUUUUACAAAUUUGCUAACUUUGCAAAAAUUGAACUUGAAUUAUAACGGAAUUUCAACUCCUCCAUGGGCUGCCAUUAACGAGCUCAGUUCAUUACAGUAUUUGUAUUUUGAGGGUAAUAAUUUAACAAAGUUGAACCGAGCUGCUUUUGGAAAAUUGCCUGUUGUUUUCGAACUCAAUUUGGCUCAUAAUAAGAUUAGUAACAUUACUGAUAGAGCCUUUGAGGGACUUUUGCAACUAAUUGUGUUAAAUAUGACCAAUAAUAGCAUAAGUGACAUUCCGAAUGGCGCUCUUCAAGGAUUGGUAGCCUUGCGAAGCUUGGAUCUUUCGCACAAUAAAAUCGAGAAGUUAGAUAACAAAACGCACAGUUUAUUUGAUGACUGCUUAUCUCUGGAGCAAUUAAAUUUGAGCCACAACAAAAUUGGCUUUAUAACGCGAAAAACUUUCCCGAGCAAUCCUUACGUACCUUAUAAAUUGAAAGAAAUCGAUCUUUCGUACAACUCGAUGCCUGUUGUUACUUAUGAUCUAGUUUUCGGAACGUCCAAAGUGCAGAAACUCAACUUGUCGCAUAAUUUAAUUUCGGACGUGAGGAAAGGUGUUAUUGGAAAUUUGACUAAUUUAGUUUCGUUAGACUUAUCCUUUAACAGAAUUGAGGAUAUUGCAAGUGAUGGUGCAGUUUUUAAUUUACCAAAAAGUGUAACUGAAGUGAGGUUGUCUAAUAAUGUCUUGCACGAUCUACCUUGGAAGCACCUCAAAAAUGUUACUAGGUUGGACGUACUGGAUAUUAGAGAUAACUUUUUUGAGAGUUUUGGACCCGACUUGACUGAUAUGGUCCUCAAAGGCACCCAUGUUUAUUUUGAAGGAAAUCCGUUAAAUUGUGAUUGCUUUGUACGCCCUUUGAAGCGCUACUUCUCUUCUCAACUAUUCCUGCGCCCCUUUUACAAGUUUAUUAAGUGUUCGGGUCCUCCUUACCUGUCAGGACACACAUUAUUUGAGCUUCCCGAUGACAGGCUAAAUUGCCCUACUAAUGUUAAUACUUCAAGGAUAAUGGAGACGCAUCCCGGAGAAUAUGAUAUAAUGCCCGAUCUGCGGUUCCGGGAGCUCAGCCUAAAGAAGAACAAACUGACGGUGAAAUGGAGAGUGGUAAAGAACGACGAUAUAGCCGAUCCUUACGUUGUCGUCAGGAACAUAAAGGAUCCUGGGAGCGUCGUCUAUGAAGCAACUUUGCCGUAUUUUAAAAGAAGUUUAGAGAUCGACGAUGCUAACCUGACUCGCCCGAAGGGGAACGAUACUGAAUAUCAAAUAUGUUUGCUUGCGAGGGACAGCAAAACUUUUAUACGUGGCUUCCACAAAGAACAAUGCAGGGAGUUGCCGAGAAACAGCGGGGUGGCCUGGGGAGCGAAUCUUUUGAUACUUGCGAUGGGAGUUGUGUUUAUAAAUAGACUGUGAAAUUGUAGAAAGCUUGUAAAUAUUGUUGAAAUAAAAAGUUGUUUUACCAGAAA